AUGGCGAACGCACUCACCAUCUUCUUCGUCAUAGUCCGCAUCGCCCUCUAUCCCAUCACCCUAAUCUUCAACCUCGCCCUAUACAUCCUCAAGCCAGUCAUAAUCCUCGGCAACUUCAUCCUCCUGCCAUUCCUCCACCUCAGUCGAGCAAUCAUCCACGUCCUCACUUUUCCAUUUCGCCUACAAUUGCUGGAACGAAUCGAGACCCUCUACAUCUACCUUGGGACCGCCAGCUUGAUAGGAUGCAUGACCGGCGCCGUCCUAUUCAUCCUGUUCAAGGUCAUCUCGUCAAGUCUCAAUCUCGACGCUCCCAAGCCACGUGAGCAGGGACGAACAACCGCCGAGUACCGGGCUGCCCGUCGCGAGAGAGCCCAUGCUUCAGAGCCAGAGACCCCGGUAGUCGUGAAGAGGAUUCCUACAUCCCGCAAGCGAGGACUGUUGUCCCAGGCUAUUGUUGAAGAGGCGGAGGAUUCGGACUUUUGA